GUUCUUGAAAUCUGUUGAUGCCUCCAACAAGGUGAAAAAUGAAGAAACAUUGGCUGGAAUGUUGGAGCGUGUCAUCAUGGAGGUGGGGGUAGAGAAUGUGGUGCAAAUCAUCACAGAUAAUGCAGCAGCAUAUGUGUCAGCAGGUAGAAUCCUUUUGAAUUAUCACCUUUAGGCAUUAGCAAUAUUCUCAUUUGUUGUGGGCUUUGUUUUACUUGGUUGCAUAUUUCUUAAGAAUAAAUUCUUCUUUUGCAGGAAGAAUCCUCCAAGAGAGGCACCCCACUCUUUUUUGGACACCUUGUGCAGCACAUGUCCUUGACCUUCUUUUGGAGGACAUAGGAAAACUUGAGUGGGUGACUCCAGUUGUGGAAGAUGCAAGGAGGAUCACCAAAUAUAUCUACAAUCACCCUUGGGUCCUAAAUUUGAUGAGACAACACACGCAAGGGAAAGAUUUGGUGAGAGCUGGUGUCACAAGGUUUGCAACGAUUUUCUUGACGUUGCAAAGCAUUCUUGCUGCAUUGACUUCUUUGAAACAAAUGUUUGUGAGUGGAGAAUGGCUUAACUCACCUUAUUCAAAGAAGCCUGAAGGAGAGGCUGUCGCAUGCAUAGUCUUCGACAACCAAUUUGCACAAAGGGCUGCAGAGAUUGUGAAGGUGUCAGAGCCCUUGGUUCGAGUUCUUCGCUUGGUGGAUGGGGAUAAAACCCCAAUGGGAUAUCUUUAUGAGGCCAAGGAUAGGGCCAAAGAGUCUAUCAAAAAUUACUACAAGGGGGAUAGGCUCAAAUUUGAUCCCAUUUGGGAAAUUGUUGAUAGGAGGUGGAACAAUCAGCUCCACCAACCCAUUCAUGCAGCAGGGUACUUCCUCAACCCUCGUUUUAGGUUCGGGGGUUCUUACUCAGAUUCGAAUGGAGAAGUCAUGGAGGGCCUCAGUACAUGCAUUGAGAGGAUGGUACCUAAUGUUGAGGAGAGAGACCUCAUUGUGAGUGAGCUCCAAAAUUAUGAGGGAGGAAGGGGUAAGCUAUUCUCUUUAGAGCUGGCUAGGAGAGGAAGAACCACUCAAACCCCAGAUGCUUGGUGGCAAAAUUGGGGUGGAAACACCCCACAUCUCAAAAAAUUUGCCCUCAGAGUCUUAUGUCAGCCUUGCAGUUCAUCCAAUUGUGAGCGCAAUUGGAGCUUGUUUGAAGCAAUCCACACGAAGAAGAGGAGCAAGUUAGCGCAGAAAUGGCUCAAUGACCUUGUCUACGUGCAAUAUAAUCUUCGAUUGCGCGUAAAGAAGGUAGAGGAACUAGAAGGUGGUCCAAUUGACUUGGAUGAUAUAGAUCCUUACAGUGAUUGGACAUCACAGGAGCAGCCUCCAUUGUUUUCCGACACUGACAUCACUGAUUUGGAGAGGCAGGCUAUGGAGGAGGGGGGUGGAUUUGGUUUCAGGCUGGAUGACAUUGAGGAGGAUGAGGAUGAGGAUUCAUUGCCAGUGCCAGAGGCAGGUGGAGACAUAGCUUCAUCCAGGAUGGAGGAUGAGUCUCAAUCAACCAUACCGAGCGAGGAGGCACAGUCACGCCCAGUCCCACAGCAGACUUAUACGACUAGACAGUCUAGACCCUCUAGUUCUACCUCUCCCCAUGUUUUUGCUAGAGCUGGGAAGAGGAAGUUGUAAUUGUAAUUUGUGAUGAUGUAUUUACUUUUGGUUUUACAAAAACUAUUUAGUAAUUUACUAUUUUGCUUUAGGCUUCCAGCCAUCAGCAUUCCUCAUGAGGAUGCGAUUUUGU